UGUGUCUCAAUUCCAUUACCCUAAAUCUUUAUGAAUUGAUAACUCAAUAUUCUCUUUAUAAAAAAAAUCACUCAAAUCUCACUUUAUUGUAUGCUUUAGGACAUCUAUGUAGUUUCUGCAUCAGUCGAAUACAAACGCUUUUUAAGGGAUCAAACCAUUAUGAGUAACCGACGAAGAAAGACGAACUUGUUAUUAGGUCAAGACAACAUUACAUCUGAAGAGUCUUCAAUGGGUGAAGGGUCCUCUGAGUCUAUUCAUGUUCCCAUAAAUUAUCUCGAGGAAAUUGAUGACGAUGUUGUUGAAUGUUCACCUCGAGCUUUUGCCCAGGCGGCCGCAAAUGCAGGGAGAACUCGUAGAAGGAUUGCAAUCGACUGGAAUUUGGAGGACAUCAUUCAAAUUCCAAUUUUGCCACCAGAGAACAUCCACAUCCAGAAUCCAAUUCCAAUUAUCUCCACAUCUGUUAUGCAGUAUAGAGAGGACAUAACUGAGCCAAUUGGUCAAAAUAAUGCAAAUUUGGAAGUCAAUAUCAAUGAAGCUGCUGAAAAUGACAAGAAGUCAUCAGAAACUAACAGGGAAGUGCCUGAGCCAAAUGUUGAAGCUGUUGAACCUCCAAAAGAGGCUGAACCUCCAAAAGAUCCUCUCUUAAACUGCCCAAUAUGUCUGGAAGCUUUUGUUGAGGAAACGUCAACAAUGUGUGGCCAUAUUUUUUGCCAGAGUUGCAUUAAAACAGCAAUAACAAGGCAAAGAAAAUGUCCUACAUGUAGAAGAAAGCAUAGUUGUAGAGGGCUAAGAAGGGUGUUUCUUCCAUCUUAUAGUUGAAGGAUCAACCAAGCUGCUUUGAGGAAAAUGUGCUUCUUUUGAUAUUGCUGAGUGAUUAUGCUAUUUAAAAUAUUUUCUUGGAGACUAUGUUUAAUUGUUGUCAUGUACCAUUUCUCGUCAUUACUUGUGAAUUUUGUUUGGUACAACAAGUAAAUGCUCAAUAAUUUAGCUGAAAAUACAUCAUUACUCUUGAAAAAUGAUGGUUGACAUUCUUCCUUUGGAAUGGCAUAUUAGAAUUGGUACAUUUGAAAAUAAUUGUUAUUGAUUUUGUAUGAGAAAUACAUUUGUUGAGUUUCCUAAGU